AUGACUACUCCGCCGAAAGAGAGUCGCAAGGUGCUUGAAGGCAUCUUCGCCAUCAAUAAACCACAAUGGGCCUCCUCCGCCGGCGUCUUGCGCGACCUCCAAGACCAUUUCUCUCGCUCGCCUCUCUUCGCACCCUGGCUCGAAGCUCAGAAACGCUCCCUCAUUAUCGCGGAUGCUAAGCCGAAGCAUCUCAAGAAUAUCAAGGCUAAGCUUGGCCAUGGCGGUACACUCGAUCCAAUGGCUACUGGUGUGCUGAUCGUCGGCAUGGGCAAGGGCACAAAAUGCCUGCAACGCUUCCUCGAGUGCACAAAGACGUACGAGUGCGUGGUGCUGUUUGGUGCAGCAACAGAUAGUUACGAUGCUGUGGGAAAGGUGGUGAGCAAAGCAGAUUACGAGCAUGUCACCAAGGAGUUAGUCGAGGAGAAGCUGGCCCAGUUCCGCGGCAAGAUCAUGCAAAAACCGAGUGUUUUCUCUGCGCUAAAGGUCGACGGGAAAAAGAUGUACGAGUACGCGAGAGAGGGCAAGGACAUACCAGAGGUGGCCGCACGACCGGUGGAAGUCGAAGAGUUGGAGCUCGUUGAGUGGUUGGAACCAGGAAGUCACGACUUUGCCUGGCCGAAGGAGGAGGUGGAUGGCGCUGAAAUGGAGGGCGCAAAGAAGCUGAUGGGUAUUCGAAAAGAAGAUGCGAAAGUCUACUCUGACACAGCGGCAAGAAGAGGGCGAAAGCGGUCACGGUCACCAGAGAAUGACCAUGUUGAGGGUGCAGGGCAGCAGCCGAAGAUACUCAAGAAGGACUCCGAGCAUGCCAUGUCUGGCGCGUUACCAACAGAAGAGGAGUCUACUGAGGCAGCCUCUGCCGAGAACGACGUCAUGGAAGUCAGUGUCGAAGCACCAGUACCGACGGAAGAGAAGCCUGCAGCUUCCGUGGAGCAAGCUGAAGCAACAGAAAACCCCUCAACGACCACCCAGAAUCCGAACGUUGAAAAUACCAACACUACUGCACCAGCAGCUACAUCCGCGCCAACCCCACAACCCCCAGCAGCCCGCCUCCGUAUGACAGUAACGUCUGGCUUCUAUGUACGCUCUCUUUGUCAUGAUCUUGGUCUAGCCUGUAACUCUCUCGGACUCAUGUCCUCUUUAAUCCGCUCUCGUCAGGGCGACUACACGCUCGGCCAGAACGUUCUGGAAUACAGUGACCUGGAAGACCCAUCAAAGUGGGAGCCUCAGCUCCAGAAGCAACUUGAAGAAUUCAUGGAGAAAGAAGGUUGGGAGGUCGAGGAACUAGACGACGACGAGAGCUGGGAGGCGAGAAAGAAGGAACUGAUGGAGAACAGGAAGGAUGGCGAUCGGGAGAAAAGCUACCGGGGUGGAGGAAAGAAGUGGAAUUCAAAGGGCAAGGGAAAGUAUGGGCGAAGCGGAUACUCGAAGAAUAUGGACGGUGGACGGAAAUGA